AUGGAGGUGAUGGUGCCGCCUUCCAACAGCUUCGCAGGAAUGUACCCCUACCCGAAGCUGGCGGCCACGCGGGUCUCCAUCGAGCUGGAGCCUCGCGAGGCUGGGAUGGCCUGGGCGGUGGUGAUCCCGGAGCUGCGCCGAAGCACCGCGCGGUGGGUGAUGGUUAAGGCAGCCACGGGAGCCAUGUGCUCGACUGCCAGUGUGGCGCUGACCAGCGGGAUGCAGAGCUUCACCAUCGACAGCUGUGCUUUGAGCCUCGAGGUACUUUACAAGGCGAUGGUUUACAUCGAGGAUGGAAUGGCGGAGAACGACGGCAGCUUUGCAGCGGUGGAUGUGAUGGUGCCCUCAAACGGCACGACCAACGCCUUCUCUUCGUACCCAAAGCUGGUCUCCAUCGCCGGUGCCGUUGCCAGCUCCGAUGGUGUCACCUUCACCGUGACCGCCUCGGGCGCCGACGGGCGGCUCUGGGCCAUGGUGGUGCCGGACUACAUUGAGAACUGCAUGACCGUCAGGGCCAUGAAGUUCCUGCGCGAUGCGCUCUGCAGCCGCUGGAACUAUGCCAUCAACGACCAGCCGCAGAGCAUCAGUAUCAUGGGCUGCAAUCUGAAAGGUGGUGACACGUACCGCCUCUUCGUCUACGUCGAGGGGACUUACAACGGGGACGAUGGUGUCAUCGUUCGUGGUGCCGCACACGAACACGUUCUUGAUGCAGCCGACCGUGACCAACAGCUUGGUUUCCCCAGACGGCUUUCAGCUGACGUGAAGGGCUCAGCGACGCUCAAAGCCUCCGAGAAGGCACUUCGCCACGGGGUCGCCAACAUCCACGAGCAGUGGGUGGACCCCAAUGCCAUCAAGGCACCCUUUCCGGCGGUGAAUGCUGGAGUGUAUUCUAUGUGGGCACAUGAGUGGGUUGGCGUGCCAGGAGGUGCCUACCAGGCAAAGAUCGCAGCUUCUGUUGAGUCUUGGGCUGCUGGGUGCAUUUUGUAUCCACACAUUUCUUCCGUCAGCAAAUCGCAGUUGAGCACCAUGGCCGCCAUGACCCCAGAAAUCUGGGACGAGCUGUCCCACCUGAGGGAAGACAGGCAGAAGAUGCUCGAUGCCGCCGAGAAAGCGAAGCAAGAGGGAGAUGAAGGUGGUGCAGAGUUUCAAAUGAUGCUCGCCGGCGAGAUCUCGGAGAAGAUCGAGGAGCUGGAGAGCAAGCAUGGAUCUGCACCGCCCUUGCCGGGAGCCGGAGGAAACAACAAGGUCGUUGUGCCGGAGUCCAAAGCGAGAGGGCCGUCUUUCCAGACGGUGCCCCCUCGAAUAGGCGUUGGGAGCCUCCCCCCGCCGCCGGCACCGAUCUUGGGGGCGAAUUCAAUGAUCAACAUCCCUCCCGGAGUUGCAGGAGCCCUCGCCAUGAGACCGGGCAUGAGCCUCCCAGGCUUGGGCCCCGGGAUGCCGCCGGUGGUGCUGCCGCCGGGCAUCCAGCCGCCCAUGCCGCCGGGAAUGCCUGCAGGGGGCAUUCCGGGCCCGCCGAGCCUCACGCAGCAGCAGGCGAUGGAGUACGAUGCAACAAAGGCUGCAUCAACUGCUCUUGAGCCGGAAGUCAUAGAGCUUGUGCACUACUUCAAGAUCGGUGAAAGGCACGCGCGGAUGCUGAACGAACAGCUGAAGCGCCGCAACAACACCUACGAGGAGGACAUCGCCUCCUUGUACGAGAUCUUAAAGGGUGCCAAGAACCCGGCAGACCUUCUCAUGGUUAGCAUCCGAUGGAUGGAGCAAGGCGUCUUCCGGGGCUGCCACACUCCGAAUCCCAAAGUCGAGAAGGUCUCGAAGAAGUACAAGCUCGACGCGCCCUCGGCGUGCAAGCUUGCAGAGGCCUUGGAGAGCCGGGAGGACUCGGACGAAGCCCUGGACAAGAUCUGCGAGCAUUUGGCGGCCUCGAACAAGCCGUCAUCCUUAGUCAUGAUCAUGCUCAAGGACAUCAAAAACGGAGCUGACAUCCAGCCCUGCACGAAGACUCCGGCCAUCGGCUCCUAUCUGCACAAGAAGGAGACCGAGAAGAGCCGGAACCGCACCUCGCGGAGCCGCGAGCGUGAGCGAGACCGGGGCUUCCAGCCACGCAGCAACCGGGCUUCCAGGAGCCGGGAUCGGCGGAGUCCCAGCCGAGGCCGAGGUGGCGGCGGCGGCCGCAGGAGCAGGAGUCGAGGCCGUGGAGGCCAUGGCCACGGUGGCGGCCACGGGGGCGGCCACGGCGGACACCGAGACCGCGGUGGAGAUCGGGGAGAUCGGGGCGGCCGUGAACGCGACCGGGGCGACCGGGGCGAUCGGGGCCAGGGCCCGGAGGGGGAGAAGGGUGGUGGCAGAUAA